GCCUACAAUGGAUAAAUGGUUUUAUGUUCAAGAUACUUGUGGUGUUCACAAUCUUCAUGGUCUACCUGGUCUCCUCUCAGCAGUUGCUUCAGCCAUUGCUGCCGGAGUCGCUUCCAACACAGCUGGCACUAACCUGGUCAACUACGGCAGCAGUUUAUAUUUGGUGUUUCCAGCUCGUGCUCCUUCCUCUAACCUCACAGUAGAAGAGAUACUCCUUGGUAUAGAGACUGGAGAGGGCCGGUCAGCAGGUGAACAGGCUGGAUACCAGCUGGCACUACUAGCCAGCACUUUAUUCAUUGCAGGAAUUGGAGGGAUCAUAACAGGUUUGAUUGUUGGCUGCAUUCCAUGCUGUCAGAAAGUUGCAGAUGAUGGAUUGUUUGAUGACGACUUGUACUGGCAGUUACCUGACGAUGCCGAUAAUUACUUACCUAAAGAUGAGGACGAAGAGCAAGCGUCAUUGCUCCCUAACUCACCCUCUCAAAUUGAAAGUGGUCUGAACGGCUUGAAUGGGAAGAGAAGACGCCUUACUCCAGAGGAUGAGAGAAAGAGCUCGGAACCCAUUAGUCUUGAUACUCCGCCCUCACAGCGUAAACCAGGCGCUUUUAGGGUCCUACCUGAUAUAAGUAGGCGUGGUGACCCCGGCAGUAUCAAUAAAUCCCUGGGCAGUAUUGAGCUUGAUGAAAUCACACGUACACCGGAAGCUGAAGACUUAAAAGUGUCAAACGUUUAAGAGACAAUUUCAUUUUUUUUCAUUUUUGUAUUAAGUAAAUUAAUUUGAUAGGUUUUAUUGUUAUAAGGAACAAUAAAAAUUAAUUUUGCAAUCAAAUUUAGACCUGAUUUUGCAAGCAUUAUUGCUGCAGAUAAUUUUUUCUUUGUAACAUUAUUAUAAUCAUUAUUGACUUUAUAAUAAAUAUUAAUUAUUGUUUAUUCUGAAAAUAACGAAAUAUGACGAGAGAGAGAGAAAGAGAGAUCAAGAAGAUCCAAUAAUAGGUAUAUAUUUACACA